AUGCCAAAGACGAGGCGUGAGCGAAAGGAUUCCCCGCCUCGACCCAAGAAGGCAGCCCGAUUGACAUGCAACAACUGCCGUGCCCGAAAGGUCCGAUGUGAUGGUGGCCAGCCCAUCUGCGGUAUCUGUAUAGCAUAUAACGAGACCUGCCAAUAUGAUCGACCACCACCUAUGACGCAGAUCCGUGCUAUGGCGGACAAGAUUGCACAGCUUGAGCAGACGAUUAAGGACAUGCAGAACAAGGGUGCAACUAGCGCUGCUCCUUUGCAAACUUGCACAGCUGUUCUAGCAGAAAGCGCGAGGGUACCAGCGCUUACAAAGACUCUUCCGACCAUUGAGGUUGCGGACGGUACUCUAGAUACCACUCGUGCUUACUACGACACCACGUCAGCAGUUCAUGCCCCCGGAGAUACGCCAUCACAAGCAACGACAGGUCAAAUUACCGUGGCACACAGCCCUGAAACUCGUCAGCCUCUUCCUAUGGAAACACCUGAGCUGAAGUUCUGGGAGGAUCAAGCUGUCGAGAGCGCAGCAGUUUAUCUCAGCAUUCCUCAAGACGUUAUACAGCGUCUUUUCGCGACGCAUUGGACGUGGGUUCACGCGAAUUUCAUGUUUGUCCCGCGGGCUCUGUUUCUGCGCGACGCUGCUGUUGGUGGCAAAUUCUUCUCUCCGUUCCUACUGAGCGUGUUGUGUCUGCAUUCGACGCGUUUCAGAGAGCGUCAUUUGACGGAGCAAUUACUCGCCAGGGCGAAACUCUUGUUCAGUCAUGAGAUACAUAAUGAAGGGUCUAUACCACUGGUACAAGCACUCUUGCAGUUCAGUGCUCGCGAAAUUGGUAGAGGCUCUGUGUCACAAGCUUGGCUGUACGGCGGGAUGGCAUUUCGGGUCGCCAUUGAUAUUGGUCUUUUCUCGUUAUCACCUGGGAGAUGUGAGGAUGUCAGGUGGACGCAGCUGGGACGGCAUCUCGCAUGGUCAUGCUUCUUCUGGGAUAAGACUCUAAGUCUCUACCUCGGGAGAACGCCAUCAUUACCUGAACCGCCGAAAUGGGAACCUGCUCUGCCAGAAGAGCCAGAGACCGAAUUAUGGCCACCUUAUCCCAUCCCCGAUGAUGAAGCACUCCAGAGCUAUACGCCGAGACCGUCGCAUUUGUUGCUGUGUUUUGCCUGUACUUGCAAGAUUAGCGUCAUCAUCAACGAUAUUCUUUUUAAGAUUUAUGGGAGCAGGAGAACGAAAGAUGUCUUGGACUUUGUACAAUCUACAAGGGAUAGGUUGUACUCCUGGCGUUCAAGUUUACCUGCCGCUUUAGAUGUGGACUAUCAUGCGCAGAUAUGUCCUCCUACACAUUUCGUAGCCCAACAAAUGUUGUACCAUACCACUAUAAUUCUACUCCAUCGACCCUUCCUCACCAACACAGCUUGCUGGAAAGCAUGCCAGGAAGCCUCUCAAGGCGUAGAGCAGCUUCUCAAACUUCUCGACAACACCUUCGGCUUCCAACGCUUCACAUACAUCAUGGCUUACUGCACAUAUACCGCAGCUACAGUCGUCGUCCAGGAUAUGAAAAACGGAAGAGCUGGUACUACUGAGCGAUUCAAGAUGUUUAUGAGAGCUUUGAACGCCAUCACAGUUAGUUGUCCUGGCAUCCAACGCAGCAUCGAUAUCUUGACACGGGGACUUGGUGCAACUACAGUCGAACAAGAAGGUGUAUCAGCGUUGGAGAUACCACCAGCAGUUCCGCAAAUGCCAGUUUUCCCUUAUACUGAUUUUGGAUACGUCUUUGCCGAAGGAGGGGAUGAGACUAGUCACGACACGAGUACGAGCUCAGAUCCGUUCUUCAGUCUGGAUUCCUUUCCGCAGUUGUGGCUUGACGAAUUCUCAGACAGUGUGUUCAAUGACUUUCAGGUUGGAAAUUCUUAG